UGAAUGUCAGAAUCCAAUAGCGUCCACUUGCAGUUGCUACGAGCCAGUCAGAUAAGAUACGGCGGCGAUGAGCCUCAGCCCCUUGAGGUCAUGAUCCAGCGGCAAUUUCCAGGGAUUAGGUCGCGGCGGAACUCUGGGAUAGUAAGAACAUGGCCAUCUUAAAAACUAGAGCCGGAUGACAUGCAAGUUGUUAGGAGAAUAAUACCAGAUCUUCAACGUUCCUCCAGAUACAAAUGACGUUUGUCUUGUUUGCACUGAUCUUAUGAUCGACCGGCAAGAAAGAUUCCAGGAAUCCCCUCUUGAACCUCAAACAACCACCUCACUAUGCGGCCAAUUCCUGCUUCGGCCCUCCGGCCGUACGUUUGCCCAUCGUGCCGUUCAUCGCGUGUCUUCAAUAAGAGGAGAUUUGGCACAAAACCAGCUCCGGUAACAGAUGUCUACGAUGUAGUCUGCGUUGGGGGCGGUCCUGCUGGUUUGGCGCUCCUGGCUGCUCUCCGCGCAUCGCCUGCGACAUCAAAGUUGAAGGUCGCCCUCGUCGAAUCGCAAGACCUAGACAAAGCCCGCUCUUGGAAGCUCGGCCCGCAGCAGUUUUCCAACCGAGUCAGCAGCCUUACACCCUCAUCCGUGUCCUUUUUGCAGAAGACUGGGGCCUGGGAUCACUUGGAUACCGCGCGGACGCAGCCAUACCAGGGCAUGGAGGUUUGGGAUGGAGAAACGGGGUCGAAGAUCUCGUUCGACUGGUCCUCGGAAACCUCACCAUUCGAAGACCUCCGCACCGUUGCAACAAUGACGGAGAACGCCAAUCUCGUACACGCCCUCCUUUCGCGGAUAGCUGCUUCCGGUGACGAGAACCUUUCCAUAUUCUCCAAAUCCACUGUAUCCUCAAUCGAGAAUGGCACUGCGGACGGGCCGGAUGGCGCCGACCUCUCGGCAUGGCCCGUACUUUCUAUUGCCCCAGCUGGAAACGCAACUGAGUCUACGGUAUCGCCAUCUCGAAUUGCUGCAAGGCUCCUAGUCGGAGCGGAUGGUAUCAAUAGCCCCGUCCGUCGGUACGCCGACAUUGCUACGGACGGCUGGGAUUAUCAACGUCACGGAAUCGUUGCAACUCUUUCUCUCGCCGAUAAAGUUCCACCUCUGUUCCCUAUCGGCACAAGGACAGCGUACCAACGGUUUCUACCUUCCCUCGGCGGUCCGAUUGCCCUACUCCCACUGCCGAAUAAUAAUGCCACGCUGGUUUGGUCCACUACGGUCGAGAAUGCGGCCUACCUCAAGUCACUGUCCCCGGGGGCAUUCAUAGCCAUGGUGAACGCAGCAUUCCGUCUACCUAUGGCUGAUCUUCAGUACAUGCUGCGCAUGGAGCGCCCAUCCACUCCCAUCACCGACCUGGACGAAGACCCGCACGAGAGCGAGUUAACCUGGCGCCUCCAGCACACGCCCUCCGUCCCUCACCUCCCGCCUAUGGUCACCGGCGUCCAGGAAGGCACAGUAGCUUCAUUCCCCCUCCGCUUCCGGCACGCAUCAACGUAUAUCUCCCCUCGCAUCGCCCUAGUGGGCGAUGCAGCGCACGUCAUCCACCCGUUAGCCGGGCAGGGCCUCAACCUCGGUCUCGGUGAUGUAGCAUCGCUCUCCAACACGAUCGAAUACGCGGUCAACCACGGGAUGGAUGUCGGCGAUGUCCUCACGCUCGAACAGUACACAGCCGACCGGUGGGCCACCAAUGCUAAGAUCGGCGGGACGUGCGAUAUGCUGCACAAACUAUACAAUGUUCCAGGCCAGGGGCCUGUCGCGUGGGGGCGGAGCGUUGGUUUCGAGAUCAUCGAUCGAUUGCCGUUCUUGAAGGGAUUCUUGAUGAGGAAUGCGGACUCGUGAUCCCAGCGAGACGGGCGAUGAUCUGUUAAGUUUUUCUUGUACAAGUAGAUGUACGUACUUCUUGAGCUAUUGUUGUAUUAAUGUUGUCUUCGUCGGUGUAUUAUACAUGAACAUCAUGGGUAUAGAACCCGUUGGACUUUAUUUCCUCCAUCUCACUUGGGUCAGAAACCUCAGCAAAUCGCACAAGAGCCUAUCCGUAGCCUGGUUCUUAUUUCUUCAAG